AUGGGUGCUUGGAGUAAUUACGUAGUGCUAUUAUUACUUUAUUCACGUGGUAUCACUCGUUUUACGUGGUACCAUUCUACGCUACGUGGAAUUUUAUCUUCUUUCUCAAAAGUUGUUCAUUCCGAUAUCACUAGUUUAUUGGCCGUGGAAAAAAUUAUUCGCACACGAAUUUAUGAUUCGAAAUAUUGGAAGGAAGAAUGUUUUGCAUUAACUGCAGAACUUCUGGUAGACAAAGGAAUGGAACUACGAUAUAUCGGCGGAAUCUAUGCAGGAAACGUGAAACCAACACCUUUUUUAUGCCUGUGCUUGAAAAUGCUACAAAUUCAACCAGAGAAAGAUAUUGCUGUUGAGUUCAUUCGGCAGGAAGAAUACAAAUAUAUUCGUGCAUUGGGAGCGAUGUACAUCCGACUUACGUUCACUUCUAUUGAAGUUUACAAAUAUUUGGAACCCUUGUAUAACGAUUACCGGAAAUUGCGAAUGAUGAACAAUGAAGGAAGAUUUGAAAUUGUUCAUAUGGAUGAAUUUAUUGACAAUUUGUUACGUGAUGAACGAUACUGUGAUAUUCAUUUGCCGAGAAUACAGAAACGAAUAACUUUGGAGGAAGUUGGAGAGUUACAACCAUACGUUAGUGCACUCGAUGAAGAUCUCGAUAAGUUAUCAUCAUCAGAUUCCGAAGACGAUGACGAUAGAAUUCGCAAAAGAAAAGAACGUUCAAAGGUUAUGCCUCGCCGACGCAGUUAUUCAAGAGAACGUGAACGGGAACGUGAUGUGGAUCGAGGUAGAGAUAGGGACAGAGAAAGAGAACGAGAACGGGAGAGGAGCGUGACAAUGAUCGUGACAAAGAUAGGAAUAGAGAUCGCGAUCGACGUCAUCGCACACCGGAGUAUCGUGAUCGAGAACGAAAUAGUCGAAAAGACAAGGAACGCGAUAAGGAUCGAGAGCGGUGACGUGUGGACAAUGUUUGACUCGGAAGUAUUGUUGGUUCUGUUAACGUUGUUUUUUGUAUAUUCAGAUAAUCCAUACUUGUGA